UUACCUGAUAUCACAUGACAGUCAUGUGACUUUAUUGUUGCGUGCAAUUUCUGUGUUAAGUGCGUCAGUGACAACCGCAGUUGUCAAGGCUGAUAAAAGAAAGUGAAAAGGGUCACUGUGUCGUUUGUGUGGAGUAUAUAGUUGAUAAAUAAUGUAAACUAAGUUCCACUUGUGGGUAAAAAUGGCUGCUGUCGCUGUAGGAGGGAAGGCUGUAUGUCUGGAUUCAUAUCGGGCCAAAAGAACGGAAGCGAUGCCUAAGACGACGCUGUUCGGGAGCUCGCUAGAGCGCCCGGAUGAAAACACGGCGAGGUCCGUGCGCGAAAUGGACCUAUCCACUGUCACCGUGCCCCGGACGCCCGGGGGUAAAGGCGCUGGGCAAAAGUUUACACUACCGGAAGAAUUGAAGCGUCAAUUACCAGGUGCUGCAGUUUUGGAACGAUCUCGUCGCGAGUUCCAGAAUCAACGCGCUCGUGUUCUGGGACAUUCCGAGGACUUGAGACGCCGCGAAAUAGAGGUGCUUUACGGCCCAGACCGGUUCCCGGCGUCAGCCCCUAGUCCGCGCGAACCUGGAGUCUCUCGACCCACGUGGUUCACUAAAGACGACCUAUACGCAUCUAACGAGAUCAACACGCUCGGACUGAACAAUAAUCAGAGUUUUAACCGCGAUAAGUACGGCCACAAGGCGCCCGUUCACAAAUACAGUCUGAUCGGCGACGUGCUCAGACCGGGGAUGGAUUUUCCGCGGAGAGAGCGCACUGAGAUUCAGAUGCGCAACCAGGGUUACGGGAAGGGCGAUAUGCGGGGUGCGCUCGCCAGGUCCCCUCCACGCAUCGGGCAAGUUAGCGCCCAGUUGAGCAGAAAACCUGCCGAGUUAGCCCCCCUUGUUGUUCCACCAAAUAUUAAACACAAGUUCGGCUCCAAGGUGUGUGACAAUCUGUUGUCCGAUAAAGCCGUCGUAGACCAUACGAUAGAGGAACAGAAACGCGCCAAAGAGACGAUUGAGCGUAAAAGUCACCCCUUUAUUGUCCAAAAGUUUAGCCGGGAAGCAAAUCCCGACUAUGACAUGCUUGGGAAUGCGCUAAGAAUGAAUGUGGUUCCCGGCUAUUCGACCGAUCAGACCAUCAGCACUACCAAGACCGCUUUCAACGACCAGGUGCAUUUGUUCCGGUAUCAGGAUCCGGACAAGUGGCGCUACCAGAAAGAUGAACUAAGCAAAUGGCGCGAGGCCCGAUUUAUGCAGAUUCUACUCGCCAAGGGCUGGGACACAAUACUCAGCGAUGCGCCUACGUUUAAACGCGACUGGGCUAAACCGGAACCCCGGACGAAAACCGCGCCGACAACAAUAGAAAAUCAGAACCGGAAGCCGGUGCAGCAUGGAAGAAGAAAAGCGCCACCAAAAACCGCGCCGAGCGAAGAAAAAAAGAAAGACGUGGGUUUUGAAGAUGUCGUUUUCGAAACCCCACCGGAAACGCCCCCGCCGGAACAAGUUAAACUAAGCAACGCUGACCGCAAGGAUUCUGAAUUUUGGAAAUUUUAUGAUAAAGGUGCAACAUAAUUAAAGGCAUCGUGCUUUUUUUAAUCUUAUAAACUUCCUUAAAACUGAACAGCAUUUCAAGUGUUCGUUAUAGUUCUCGAGCGCUCAACAUAAAGUGCCAUGAAAAGGUUUGUCAACAUUUGGGUUUUCGAACUCCUCACACACGCCAAAUCGAUCAUUACGCGACACCGUAGUUUUUUUUUUACUUUUGUGCGGACAAAUUAAUCCGCUUAAUAAUGAAUGCAUAAAUGAGUAACUGUAUAGCAAAAAAACAUCCAGAUGUAUGUAAUGUAACUUUUUUUGGAUUACCAUGGCGUUUAAAUACAUGUAACAGUUAAAAUAUUUCUUUGAAAAAUACAUGAACAACAA